AUGGCUCCUACCCGGAGUGUUUUAGGAUUUUUAAACCCAAAAACCCUUAGUAAAGUUUUCACAAAUAACGUAGUAAAAACUUCCUAUCGUUUCGUGCAUGGGUGUAAUAGCUGUGAUAAUUUUGUUAGUGGACCAAUCUUAUCAGUUGCUUCUCUAGCCCGUAAUAAUUAUACUGUCGGUGGUAGGCACCGAUAUAUCCAUACGACCCAGAACUUGAAUAAAUCCGAUUAUUACAAAGUUCUUGGCGUGUCCAAGAAUGCGUCUGCCAAAGAUAUCAAGAAAGCUUACUAUCAACUUGCAAAGCAGUACCACCCUGAUGCAAAUAAAUCUGAUCCAGAAGCUUCUAGGAAGUUCCAGGAAGUGUCUGAGGCUUAUGAGAUUUUAUCUGAUGAGGGUAAACGAAAGCAAUAUGACACAUUUGGAACCACAUCAGAUCACAUGGGUAUGGGUGGGACCUCAGGAGCCGAAGGUUUCACUCAUCAAUGGCAGUAUAAGUCCACUAUUGAUCCUGAGGAGUUAUUUCGAAAGAUAUUUGGUGAUGCAGGAUUCAAAAGUGAUGCAUUUAGUGACUUUGCUGAAUCAAAAUUUGGUUUUGGAGCUGCUCAAGAGGUUGUCAUGAACUUAAAGUUUUCUGAAGCUGCUCGGGGUGUCAAUAAAGAAGUAAACCUAAAUGUAGUAGAUACUUGUCCUAAAUGCUCUGGAUCCCGUUGCGAACUUGGCACCAAAGCAAUUAAGUGUCCCUAUUGUAAUGGUACAGGGAUGGAAACAUUUUCUCGAGGUCCAUUUGUGAUGCGUUCAACUUGCAGACACUGCCACGGAACUAGAAUGCACAUAAAGUUCCCUUGCGAGGAAUGUGAGGGUAAAGGCUCAUCAGUACAGCGAAAAAAAGUGACAGUGCCAGUACCAGCAGGCGUAGAAGACGGCCAGACCGUUCGCAUGUCUGUUGGUAACAGUGAGGUCUUUGUCACAUUUAAAGUGGAAAAGUCUAACUACUUCCGCAGAGACGGACCUGAUGUUCACACAGAUUGUAGUAUUUCUGUGGCCCAAGCGAUGCUAGGCGGCUCAGUCAGGAUACAAGGCUUAUAUGAAGAUCACACAUUGCAGAUAAUGCCAGGCACUUCCUCGCAUGCCGUCGUACGUUUGUCACGGAAAGGCAUGAAACGAGUCAGUCACACUGGUUAUGGGGACCAUUAUGUGCACAUCAAAAUACAGGUACCAAAAUCGUUGUCAGACAAGCAGAGGGCUUUGAUCUAUGCUUACGCGGAGAUGGAAGAAGAUACACCUGGUCAAAUACUUGGUGUCUCCUAUGACAGAGAUGACAAAUCAAAAAAUAGCGGUAAGGAGGGUACCCGUACUGAACAUAUUCACAGGGCGAACCGCGAUAACGAUGACGUCAAACGUAAGAAAGUGUCAGUAGCUGAGCCGCACCACCUGGUCGAUUCUGUCAAAGAAGCACUUAAAGAGAAGAAAUCUAUCGAAGGGACAGCCGAUGAGGAACCGCUUGAACAAUCUAAAAGAAGCAAGGGAUAG